CCAAAAUACAGCAUAUUAUGGCCGAUUUUCUUGUUUUCCCAUAUACCUUCUCCCACACCACAGGCUUCUCCCAUAGGGAAGGCUUCAGGUGCUCAUCAAUCAGCCAUCAAUCCGGUGCCCUGCAUCCAGUGAUGACCAGAUGACAGAUGACGGUCUUAAACAGCUUCUCAUUUAUAAAUCAUACAGAGGCCCACAAUAUAUACGUACAACGGUUACCAGGCAUUACUCGAUCACGAUGCUCAUAUCUCGACUUAUUCCUCGUCCGACCCUGGGGACAAUACCCAUGGCCAUCCGCUCUCUCCCAAAAACCACCUUUGGGCCGGCGUGGAAAUUUUCCCAACCCAUCAGAAUGCAAUCAAACAGAGGCCCUCGGAUAGCGGACGUUUUGGAGAACUUGAAUGACUUGAAAAAGCAACAUGGACCAAGAUAUGACGAGCUUGUCGUCUCAACUAGAGCUUUAUUGAAUGGAUUGAGAGAUUCUCAGUCUCUUGAUCAGCUUAUACAAGAUCGUCCCGUAAACGUUGAUUACCGUGACGUCCUUCGGGCCGUUUAUUCUCUGGCACCUAAUGGAGAGUCCAGUGAGCCUUGUUUGAAGCUGAAUGACUUGGAAAAAGUAAUUCCUCCCUAUAGCAAUGCUGUAGUAUGGUUUAUGAUAUACGACCUUGUCACGAAAAAGUUUGUACCCAGGCUAGAAGCUUUGGAUGAUAAAUGGAAGGCCAUGGUGAAAUUCAAUCGAAUCCAUGGGUUUGGGAAGAUACGAGCGAGGGCUUUUGCUGAGGAAGGAAUAGAAACAUUGAACGACCUAAUGAUUGCAGAAGGUGGGAGAUUUAGUAUUUCUGGAGCACAAAAGUUGGCCAUUCAAUACCACGAAGAGAUGGAUGUGAUGAUACCACGAGCAGAGGUUGAAGAAUUUGACGGAAUUAUCAAAGAUGCCUUACGAAGAGAGGAUCCUAAGCUUAAUUUUGCAAUCAUGGGCUCUUAUCGGAGAGGGGAGAAUCUUUCGUCUGACAUUGAUGUCGUUGUCUGGCACGAAUCGUAUGUCAAAAAGGAAAAGGAAAAGAAGAGAGCGAGAAAAGCAGAUCCAAACAGUCUUAUGUCAAAAAUUGUUGCAGCACUUGUGUCCGCCAAUAUCAUCUCUCCAGCAAAUAUUUUCUCACAAGGCGAAAGGAAGGUCCUCGCUCUGACUCAGCUUCCAAAAGCAAAUAGUUUGCAUAGGCAAAUUGAUUUAAGGCUCUGUCCCAUUGAAAGUUUGCCGUACAUGCUAUUGGGGAAUACUGGGGAUGGGAAGUUGAUGAAGAUUAUGAGAUGGAGAGCGAUACAGAGAGGAUGGGUAUUGAACGAGUAUGCCAUGGGGGAACGAGAUGGCGUAAGUAUUUCACAUUCAAAAUGUCGUAUAUAUAAGUAGCUGAUGUUCUGACCGCUGGAAUAGGACUCUGGUGAGUAAAGGGACAGAGAAAGGACCCCAUAAGUAACUAAAGCCCGUCGAUAGCGGUAAUGAAAAAGGGUACUGAGUUCGCCGUAAAGGACGAAAAAGAGAUUUUUCAGUUGCUUGGCCUGCCGUACCUCCUUCCAAGCCAAAGGUCGUAUCAUACGUACAAGUAUAUACUGGGUUAGCUUGUGGGUUGGAUGGGAGUGCGUUGGAAAGAAGAGGAGUUGUGCCAUGAACAGCGUGCCACCAACGUUCGCGUAGUACGUGGGGCGGACGGCCAUGUCCGCCUUAAUGCCACGUCCCAGGGUAAGUAAAAUAAUAUUCCCAUUUUUUCCCGUUCCUGGCUCGCACGCCAUCGUCGCAUGGCUCUG